AGAAUAAUUUACAAUUGAUAGUGAGGCAAGCGGCCCAAUCAUGGGAUUGUAAACUUUUUAAACUUCCUGAUUCAGUGAAUGGACUUUAGAGGGGAAUUCGGUUUCCAUGAGUAGUGUCAUCAACUCAUUCAUUUAAAUUUAAUACAACAAAGAACAAUGUAACCCGAAUAACAAUGGGGAAAGUAUGGACUAUUGUUUGCAACGUUGUUAUUUUGUCGUUUAUGUUGCAAGUGCUAAUUGAAUGUGAAUCGGAAUCUAAAAACUCGGUUGGCCAAUGUGAAACCCGUGAAAAUGGGACAUGCUGCCUCUGCCCAGAUGUGGAAACAUGCAAAUGCAAUGACGGCUACUUAAGGAUAAAUGAAACCAAGUGUCAACAAAUCAUGACAACAACACCAGCAACAGUGACAACACUCACAACAGCAGCAUCACCAUCCAAGGACAAUGCAACUAACAACAUAUCAGAAUACAUUUAUUGUAUUAAAGAGUGUCCAACACAUUCAUUUUAUGACAAGAACAAAUUGACAUGUGUAGAAUGUGACCAAUCGUGCAUAGAUUGCAAUGGAACAGGUCCAUUAGGGUGCAUUCAAUGUAAAUAUGAAUUCAACGAAACAUGUCAUUCGGCAUGUCCAAAUGGAACUGUUGAAAUAAAAAAUUCUUCAUGUCCAAAUGGGACUGAUGAAAUCUGUGGGUCAACGUGCAGUAGGCCUAAAUCAAAUGAUGAGGAAGUCAACUAUCAGACCAUUAUAAUAGGAGUCUGUGCUGGCGGUGGCGGGCUGCUUGCCAUUCUGGUAGUGAUCCUUGCUGUGUUCUGUUGUCGUAGAAAGAAAGUGUGUUGCUUCCAGGAUGUGGCUAGAAAAGUCAAUAUUAGAGACAAAAGGACAAAGCCGCAAAGGACAGCUAUGAGUGAAAUCAAUGAGGCUAGACAAGGAUUGCAGGAGCCAAAACCUGGCACUCCUAAGCCCAACACCUUGGGACGUCCCAACUACGAGAACACCACAAACACCUUGCCAACAACACGGGACAUUCAGCAUGGUCAUGACAACGUUACCCGCUACACAGCUGAUCCUACCAAGAACCUCGUUGUCCCAAAAAAUUCGGUCACAGGUUUAGACGAGGAUGAAAUCUACGAAAAUAACGAGGUGGCUGAGUUACAGAAACUGGAGGACACAUCAAAUAUGGACAUUCAUGAAAUAGAGGAAAAGAUCAAAGAACGUAAGACAGUGGCCAAGCUGGGGACUGCUCCUCCCCCUCCUCAAUUAAGCAAAGGAGAGUCAAAGAAACCCAAAGCAAAAGAGAGCAAACCUAUUGUUGCUGCGAAAGUUGACGAGGACGAGCCUGAAGAUUAUGAACAGAUGAACAGCAAAAUUGAUGCACCAAUACUUCCUGGGACCAAACAUUUGGCUGAAGAGUAUACGCCAUAUGAAAACGUUGCUUUCCAAAAUAAAACAAAAGAGAGCACUGUUAAACUUGUUAAAAGUGGUGCAAAGUCUAUUGCAAGCCCAGCAACAACAAAAACUGGUUCUAAGCCUAUUGCAGGCGCAGGAGCAAGAAAAGCUAUGGUUAGACCUCCAACAACAAAUGCUGGUGGUGCUGCUGCUAAGGUUGAGAUUGCCCUGAAAGCUGACAAAGAACUAAGUGACUCUGUCGAAGAGGAUUAUGAAAAUGCUGAGGUGGAGAAAGGAAAAGUAAUAGGUGCAAAUCCUAUUGCAAAUACUGCAACAACAAAAACUGGUUCUAAGCCUAUCGCAGGCGCAGGAGCAAGAAAAGUUGGCACUAAACCUAUGUUAAGAAUUCCAACAACAAAUGCUGGUGGUGCUGCCUCUAAGGUUGAGAUUGACCUGAAAGCUGGCAAUGAAUUAAGUGACUCUGUCGAAGAGGAUUAUGAAAAUGCUGAGAUAGAGAAAGGAAAUGUAAUAGGUAAGGCUGAAAGAAGAGUUCACAAGGGAGAGAAAUCUGCCAAAGGAGAUUCAACAGUGGAUGCAGAUGGUAAAGCUGAUUUGGAGGACUAUGAAAAUACAAAAGACUUGAAACGAAAAGAUGACGAGGAAGACUAUGAAAAUGCUCCGAAAAAAAAAGGAAAAUAAUAGGUGAAAGCUUAGUUUAUAUGUGUGGAGGGUAACCUUAAACAGUGGAUCGACAUGAUGUGUGAGUUGUGACUGACUAUUCAGUGCAACAAAAGUAACCAUGACCAAUUUAUAUCACAUUAAUGAAUAUAUAAACAGGUAUCAUACACAUGUUUAAGGGAAAUUGAGCUUAUUGCUGUGAUUCAUAGCUAAAAGCUGCUGAAUGCUAUUUGAUUGCUCUACUGCUGAUUCAUAGCUCUAAAAGGCAUUUCAUAGUUCUGCUGUAUAUUUAUGUUGUGCGUUUAACCUUUAGAACCAAAUGAAGUGAUGCAGUUUUGUAUGAAUAAUAGUAGAAUAAGAACAGACAACAAGUCUGAAAAGAAGUGUAUUUCUUUGAAUUUUCAAUUUUGUUUAAGGUGUUGCUAUGGAAACCAAAUGCAUCAUCAGCCCUUCACUUGCAGUAAGAGUAAUCCAGAAGCCAAAUUCCAUUUAGAUUUUCUUAAAUUUUAAUUGUAUAAACAUAUUUUAAAUUGAUAUGUACAUGUUUUGGCUACGUUUUUAUGCCCCCGAAGGAAGGCAUAUAGUAAUCAGACCGUCCGUCCGUCUGUCCGUCCUUCUGUCACACUUGCGUUUAGGUUUCGCGUAUAGGUUUCAAAAAAUGCUAAUAACUUCUAUGUCCCUUCACAUACAAGUAGCAACUUGAUAUUUGGCAUGCAUGUGUAUCUCAUGGAGCUGCACAAUUUGAGUGGUGAAAGGUCAAGGUCAUUCUUCAAGGUCAAAUGUCCCAAAAAAAUGUAUUAAAGGGGCGCAGUAGGGGGCAUUGUGUUUCUGACAAACACAUCUCUUGUUUUAUAUUAUUUUCUUAUGAUUGACAAAAUGUAAUUAGCAAACCUUCUAACUAGCAGAUGGUAACACAAAUUGUUCUUUCUGAUAAUGUUUCAGGUGUUUGAUUUUGAUCCUAUUAGUUGAUAAGUGCUAUUCUGUGCCAUAUUAGCUUGUUAAGAAUGUUGAUUAAUUUUGCUGUGCAUUUUUCACCAUUUUGGGAAUGGGGCCAUGUCACUUUGGAUUGGGGAAAAAUGCGGCGUUUUAACUAAAAUUGGGAAAGUAGUGUUGUUGUUGUUUUGCUAACAAAUGCUUCAAAACUAAGAUUAUAAGUGUUUUCAAUAUUAAAUUAAGUAAGUUUCAACUUAGAGAGCUGGAUUGGAGAGGAAAUAAAAUUUAAUGUUGAUAUCUAAACCUUAAAUUGGGAAUUUUUUGGUCCCAUUUGGGAAAAUAUAUGCUGGCCCCAAAAAUGUGCAUGAAAAAAAGACAUACUUACCGUGUAUACCUGUGAAUCACGGCUAUUGCAGUUACUUAUACACAGGGGUUUUUUACCUUAUAUAACAGACGCCGAAUAUCGGCGUCUUCCCCCACCAAACUAGGCUGUUUUUCCCCCUUUCCGGUCCAAAAAAUUCCCCCUAAAAAAUUUUUUUUUUUUUUAAUAGAAAGAUGUGUCUCAUGAUUAUAAUAUCUCAAUUCUAUUUUAAUUUAAUCUUGCUAAACGUACUAAAUUAUAAAAAAAAGCAAUCAAUAUAGUCCAAACAUGUACAAAUGUUAUAAUGAGAGAGUAAGUAUUUUCCCCCCAAAGUAGAAAAUCGUGCGUAAAAUUUCCCCCACAUAAGGGCUAAAGGCCCCAUCCCCCACAACCCCCCAAAAAACCUGCCUAAAAUCAGAGUAGAUGAGUUAUAGACAUUUGAUUAAACAGUUUUUAUUUUUCACCCAAAUAUGUCUCUUUUGCACUCUAUUUUCCCCUUUCACCCAGUGUCCAGCGUCUUCCCCUUUCCCUAAAAAAAAACCCUGAUACAUGUAUUAUUCAUGCAAACAAACUUGUAGAGGGAUAAUGUUAGAGUCACUCUGUCAAUAGAUUUGUUGCUCAGAUGGUUGGUUGGUCUGCUAGUCAUUCCUCUGAAAAUAAUUUCAGUUUGGGGAGAAUUUUUGUUUAUUGAAUAUCAUAAAAUAAUGUGAUGCAAGCAUUAUAUAAAUGUUAUUUUGUCUUAGCCCCUAGUAUAAGUCAGGAUCAAAAGAAGGUUAAACUAACAGUGAUAAAACAACUCUAUUGCAGUGAUGAGUGUGAGUCAAACAGUAUUAUACUGCAAAGAAACAGAAAUAUACUGAUUUAUUUCAGAUUAAACCUUUCAUACAUUUAUUAUUUUUGAAUGCUGAUAACUCAUUAUUAUAACAUUAUUUAAAAAAAAAUGUUUAUGUCCAUAUUUAAAAAAAUUUUUUUUUUGUUUUUGUGCCAAAAGUUGAACAAAUGUUGAUUUGUUGAUUUAUACAAAUUUUAAUUUGUUACUAAGCUGCUGAAUAACCUUUUUUUGUUAGUUUUUUCCCCAAUUUAAAAUCUAAUAAUUACCAUCUCUUGUUAAGAGAUUUACUUUGUUUGCAUAUUUUUUUUUAUGCCUAAGCUUCAAAGUUGUAUUUUGAUAUAAAAUUCCUUAUUUCACUUUCGGGUUAUUUUCAGUGGUGAACAAGGCUGACCUUAAUAAAUUGUUUGUUUGGAGUUACCCGACAGACUCACUAAAAUCCCCCUGACUGAUAUGUUUGUUAGCCUUCCAAGAGUUGUUUUUUUAGUUCACGAAAACCAGCCAGUGUUCAUAAGAACACUAGAAGAAAUGACAUAGAAGAAAUGACAACAUGUACAUCAGUGUUAAACCUGAAAAAUAAAUGUUCAUUAGAUAUUAGUUUGCCUUUUAAUCAUGUACAAGAUGUCCUUAAAUACACCAAGUACCAUAUAGGGUUUCUCAUCUUUGUAUUAUUUUAUACCAUAUAGCAAAAACAAAAAAAAAUAUUACUACCUACCUACCCACCUUAAAAAAUUUGGGUCGGGUUAAACUCCCAACAAACAAUUUGUUAAGGUCAGCCCAAUGUCAAAAUAUAAUGACACUUUUGGAUUGAAUUUCUCUUGACUUAAAUUACAGAAACAGUAAACUGAGCCCAUAAUGACAUUUUAUCUCUGAAUAUAGUGUGUUUUGUAACCUGUUAACCUCUGAAGGACGUUUAUCAUGAUAAAUAACACUGGUUAUCUGUAAACCUUUCCUGAAUGUUUUAAUAAUCCUUGUUGAGUAAUAAAUCUUUAAAAUAAAAAGUGAUAGAAUGAAGUUGACCUUAGAUUGACUUAAAAUCAAUGUUGUCUUCAUUAAUAUACUGCAUUAACCAUACAGUUUCAUUAAUUUGUUCUCCAUUGAUUUUAAGUGUAUUAAUGCAAUAUAACAUGCAAUCUCAUUAAAAGAUGCAUAAUUAUUUCAGUUAAUAUUAUUGCCUUUAUAUUGUAAGGUUGAAUGAUUAGAAUAGAAUUUUUGUUUUUAAACAACAUGCAAGUGGAAAGGCAUUGUGUUUCCUAUAUAUCGCUCUUUAUUUUACAGAUAAUGCAAGUUUAGUUGCUUCAUUUUAUUAUACAUGUACAUGUAUAAACAUUAUUUUAAAGUGGCAUAUACAAUACCAACAAAAAUGUUGACAAUGUGUUCUCUUUAUGUCUGAUUUGUUCAUGAUAUUUAAUUAAUGUCGUCAAUGUAAGGUUCGUUAAACUUUCAUUCAACAUUUCAAUAGCAUAUCUUUGUUACUUGACAUAUUUGAAAACGUAUUUAAAAUGACAAAAUAUGUUGAAAACUAUGAGAUAUUUAAUUUUAUCAAUGGAUACAAUGCAUGGGACUGAAUUGAAUUAAAUGUUCCUUUUUUCAAUAUCCGAUAAAAAGGACAAAUUUAUUAAUGGGAUAUUCUUAUAUUAUUUAUACUCCCGAUAUUACUGGUUUCUGAAAUGCUGCAUUAGAUAAUAGGCUGUUGUUAAAUUAUUGUUUAACCCUUUGCAUGCUGGGAAAUUUGUCGUCUGCCUAAAAUGUCGUCUG